AGCACAUGUUGUUGAACAUUGUUAUUGGCGAACUGAAGGCCAGUCCUGUUCCACCUACUGGAUGUAGAUCAAUCAUUGUUUGUAUUGUAUUUGGUGUGUAUGUAUAUGUGUAAGUUAUAUAGUGUAUGUAUACAUCGCGUAUAGUAACAAACUGCUAGUCAUCUGGUGAACAGAGAAUAUUUAGUAAUAAUACGAGCAUGACGUCUUUUGGAAAAUCUCAAGCUCGUCGUUGGUCGCGUCAUCCUGAGCUUUAACUAACAUUCGUCUGUUGUUGUAUAAAUAUAGAGCUCAAUCGAUCUUUGAGCGGUCAAUUGCCGGCACAGUCAGUACGCUUUUGCAGUGAAAGUGAUUAUUGUGAAAGAUUACACUUCCAAAACUAAUCUAAAAGUCAGCGUACUAUAAAGUACAUGGAAUGGUACAGAACUUUAGUCAAUACCGACAAUACAAUUCUAAGAAACACUUAAAUAAUUCAAUGAACUUUACAUCAUACCGUAGUUAGUCAUCUGACAGCAAUGGUUUACAACAACAGCUGCUAUAAAACAAAUGACAAAUUUGCCUUGUGAUAUACUUGGUCGAUGUUUUGAAGGGUACAUCGACUGUGUUGCAUCUGUAGCGAAGAUUGUUCUAUUAUAGCAUGGCGACCAAACUCCUGACGCUUGCAUUCAUCAUAGCCACAUCCUACCAAGCCGUAACUGCACAGACUCAGCGAAAUACUUUCGAAAUUUUAGAACGUAUAAGAAGAGGCUAUGCGCAUGCUCUACCAAAGGAAAUAAAUGCAGAUCCCAGUAAUGUGUUCUCUCUGUGGAAACCAUGGCCGUACGCCCUCAGUAGACCAUAUUUUAUCCCCGUGUACGGCGAAGAAGGCAAGUCCCCCAUAUACUUCCCCCCUCAGCCGUUUUCGUCGAACCCUGGAACGCCUCCUGACAAUCCCGUUAAGAAGAAACGGCCCUUUAAGGGGCCGCAGUAUCUUCCGCCAGACAAGCCUGCUACCGACGGUAUGAAGAUCGGAAACAGAUUUCAAGGUGACGAUGAAGACGAAGACGUUCGUCCGGUGUGGGGCACUAAUCCGCCUGAACUGUCACUCAGACCUAUACGACCACCAGGCUUCAAUACAGUUCCGUUGUCGGUCGACGAUAAUGAAAUAGAGCCUCCUCCUCCUCCUGCUGGGAAAAAGCGUCCUCGUCCAUCAGAUGAAACACCAACGACAACGCCAGGGUCAACCGCCACCAGCAGCAGUACAUCUUUACCUGGCCCUAGCAACUGCGUCUGGGCCGUUGUGUCCUGUUGCAGCGUGAACACGAAAGCGGUGCCUGAGAGUUGCUUCGAGCAAAGGGGCUGCGCGGGGCCUUUCUGGGGGACCAGCCCGUGCGAAGGAGACUUUGCCAAGGCGGCCAUUGACGCCGCACUCAAAUAUUAUGGCGGCGUAAACGCGUGAAUAACACUGUGAGCAUAAGUUGUAUUUCUGUAGCUCGAAGGUUUGAACGCGCAAAAUGGGUCAACAACCAAACAUGCCGAGCUACAUUGACGAUGGCUUAUUGGCAGAUUUUAGCAAGCAUCAAUUGAUGUUAGUGGAUCACACAGUGUUUAACGAACUGUAUAUUUAUGUACAUACUUCUCUAUAAUAUGCAUGUGUCUGUGUGUUUAUUUAUUGUGUCACAUAUCAAUAAUUUUAGGGAUAUUUUAGCUUAGCAACAUAAUUACGUACUAUUACAUGUUACAGUUGUAUAAUAGAUUAUAAUUUGACGAUGUAUGCUUUAUUUUAUAUCGUCGAUGACCUAGUGGCGAUACCACGUAUCAUCAAAUUUUUCGAAAUAUUAUUUUAAUAUCGGUUGCACGCUGAUGGAUCUGUUUUUCAUACCCGUUUCAGAUCGAAAAUUGCUAGACGAAUUCAAUCAAAUCGAAUUCUUCAAAGUCAUCC